AUGGACGCUUCUCUCUCAUCUACUUCUUACAAAGGAGAGGCCAGUUUGAUAGACCUAGAAUUCUUGACCCCUGAGACAAUUGUUCGCGGGACCGUGCCUACCGACCCUGGGCUAGAGUUCAAACGUACUAAAGAUGUGAUCUUGCGACGAUUACUUAGCUCUCAAGCUGAGAUCCUCAGUUUAUCCUAUCAAGAAUAUGAGCCAGAGCCUAUUCAAGAAUUGGAGGACUGUGAAAAUGCCACUUGUUCAAACGAAAAUAGCGCCCAUCAAGCAUCUCAAAACACAUCAACUCGUAUCUCCCCUCAUUCUUUUACAUCUUCUCUAUCUCCCUCACCACCUACUACAUCAUAUAAUACUAACUUAUCUCCAGAUAAUCUGCACCAACCCACUACAGUUAAACAAUCAGAGCUGUGGUCAGAUAAAACUGCCAUUGUGGGCAGUUUUAACCAAGAAACCGAGAAGGAUCUAAGAUUGGAGAAUGAAAAGUUGAACCUUUUCGAUUUAACCUCUUCUCCUAAAAGCCCAGAGAUCGAUUUUAUAUCGUCAUUUUGGAAACGGACUAGACCUCUUCAUUCAAAAAAUAGUCUGGCUCACUCGUCUCAGGACUUACCUGCCAGUUUUACGAACAAAAAGAAGGAUAUCAAAUCCUCUUGUCCUAUAUCCAUUUCUGGACUCAAA